AUGCAUGUGCCAGGCGUCUGGUCUCUGUGGAAGGGCCUGCUACUCACACUGCUUCUGUCUAACAGCGUGAAUGCUAUUGAUAUUGAUGUCACCGAUGAGGAUUCCCUCAAAGAUGCCGCCAGUACGAGCGUCUAUGCGAUGAUGACAUACUAUAAGGGCAAUGAAACCGGUCAUAUCCCUGGAGCCUUUGCAUCGAAAUGGUGGGAGGGAGCCGCACUUUUCUUGGCCCUGCUACACUAUUGGCAUUUUACCGGCGACACCACCUAUAAUGAACAAUUGAGUGUGGGAAUGGAGUGGCAAGCAGGAGACUGUGAUUAUAUGCCCAGCAAUUACAGUUCUUACCUGGGAAAUGACGAUCAAAUGUUCUGGGGCUUGGCAGCUAUGACUGCCGCUGAGCUGCAAUUCGCAGACUCUACCGUGGGCGAAGGAUACUCAUGGCUGGCGCUUGCUCAGGGUGUUUUCAACACACAGGUCGCCCGGUGGGAUACCACAAAGUGUGGUGGUGGAAUGCGCUGGCAGAUUUGGAGUUGGGAGUCAGGUUAUACGAUGAAAAACGCGAUCUCUAACGGCGGCUUAUUCCAACUCUCCGCGCGCCUCUAUCGCUAUACUGGCUCAGAAACCUAUGGCAAAUGGGCUCGCAAAAUCUGGGAUUGGUCGGUGAGCUCACCUCUCCUGAGCAACUCGACUUGGAACGUGGCCGAUUCGACUGAGAUGUCGGACGAUUGUACCACCCAAGGAAAUACUCAGUGGUCCUAUAACUAUGGCACAUACCUGAUGGGUGCUACCUAUAUGUAUAACUAUACAAAUGGAACCGAGCAAGCGACAUGGAAAACGGCGGUCAGUGGCCUAUUGAACCAGACAUUGGACAAAUUUGCCCCGAAUAGCAAUGGCGGGAUUUUGGAGGAGAUAGUAUGUGAACCAUCAGAGGUUUGCAACAACAACGAAAUCCUUUUCAAGGGUCUUGUAUCUGGGUGGCUCUCUUUCACCGCUCUGCUGGCGCCCUUCACUUUUGACACCAUCUUGCCCAAGCUACAAACCUCAGCGCAGGCUGCUGCGAAGUCUUGCACAGGUCAUGACAACAAUACUUGCGGUGUCCGCUGGUACAAGUCUGUAUACGAUGGAUGGAUUGGCAUGGAGGAGCAGAUCAGUGCCACCAAUAUCUUUGUCGCUAACUUGAUCAACUUCGAAACUUCUGCCCCAGUCACGUCGACAACCGGCGGCAACAGUACUAGCAAUCCUACAGCUGGUACAAACGAUACGGACAGCAGCACUAACACUCUCUCAACAAUCACUACUGCUGAUAAAGCUGGCGCCGGAAUUGUGGCUGUUCUUUUUGUUUUUGGUUGGGUCGGUUUGAUGGGUUGGACUGUAAUGGGCGGUUAA